AUGCAGGCUUGGACGGCUAACCACCACAGCAACAAGGUGCUGUGCAACAAACCCAUCGAUGACUAUCUCCGGCGUCCCAAUGGCGGCAACCCCGUCAACAACACACUCAUCGUCUGCGGCGAGUGCAAGGGCGUCCUCGUGAACGAGCUGAUCCGUCUCCUCCUUUACGACAACGGAAGCGACACGCGGGAAUGCGUCACCCUCGCGACACUUCAGCAUGCAACCUUCCCAUCCACCCAUAUCGUCGACCAGCUCUGGUGGGCACUUGGGCUGGCUUCGUAUCCGGCCCUAGAUGUCCUGAAGAAGCCUUGGCGCAAGCUCAUCAAGUACAUUGGCAGCAAUCUUCGCCUCAACACACAGGAUGUUGCAGCUCAUGCGCGAGGUCGACUCUCGUGGCAGUGGUUCCAGGAGCGGCGCCAGGCACGACGCCAGCUCUCACCGAUCCAUCCAAGAGAGCGAGUGUCGUCCGAGACCAAGAACCCCCCCUCCGAUGCUGAGUUGGUGCUCCAGAUUCGCACAAAGCUGGCAGAAGUGGCGGGCCAGCUGCAGCUCGUCCACGACGCAUCCCAGGCAGAGGCGGAAGAGAGGGCAGACAUGCGGCGAAGGGAGAUUGUGAGUCUGCGUCUGAAAGCAGAGAAGGGGGCACAAGAACCGGACAAAUUGCCAGCGCAUGGCAUGCAAGACGCCACAGUGAGGCGAGAGGCCACACACAGAGGCCUCAAAGACCAACUUGCGGCGUUGUCCGUUCUCUUGGCCAAAGCGAGUCAUGGUGGGCUUGUGAUAUCCAUCGCAUCUUCACCCUUGAGCAGUCGGCCGCGUGCACUCGAUAGAAUGGACAAGUGCCUGUCCAAGAGUGUCCUCUUCGAAACAGGAUUUCAUAUGGUUGCUGGGGCCGACAGCAGAAGCAGAUCCAAAACCAAGCAACGUGACGUGUCCCUUGCCCUUCGUGCCGAGGGUCCCAUCCCGAUCCGUCGGACCAACAAACGACUGGUUUGGAUCCAGAGGGGUGAUACAAAUAACGCCGAUGUACCCAGUCUGUCGGUCAUACUGGGUGGCAUUGAUCUCGUCAUCUCAGUCUCCACUAUGCUCGCUGGGAAUGGGCCUCGGGGCCCCUUUCCUGAGCUUGCUUACUGGAUUGGCGGCCAACCCGGCGUCUCGACGUUGAACGACCCGUCCUACGAAAUAUACCGGGAUCAAACAGACAGACCUGCGUCUAUCGGACCAGACCAAUGGGUUGUCUUCCACAUCCACCUUGAAGCCCCCGCCCGUGACAACAGACCAAGAGCAGACUUCCUCGGAAGCGGACCCGAUGGCAACACAUACGCAGGAACACCCACCAUAAGGGUAUUUCAUGGGCAGUAUAUCACGGAGGGCCGAUACGAUAAUCGCCAACAAUGGAAUGACUGGCGGGUCUCUGGCUCGGAAGGUUUGUCCACGACGGCGAGACGGACCUGGAGCUGCCCCUCUGAAGACCACAGUUACUGGUAUGUCGGGUCACCCAGAGUCAUUGACAGCGACAACGCAAUCCUGGCAUCCUUUUUACACCAAUGGGGACGGGACAGCGUCUAA